AUGUGUGGAGCAGCGGUUCUAUUUAUGAAUCGCAACUUCUUUCAUCUAGUACUGUCUGGAGCGCUGCCAACGGUGAACAACGGAGAGGAAGAUUUUCUUCAUCGUUUGAAAAUCUCACAAUCGUAUUCGAUCAGUAUCGAUAACGACAUUGUCGGUGAGCCCGAUAUCGAAUGCUUGGACGAGGAGAUCCGAAUAUGGGUGAAAACUCGCAGAGUUUUUGCAGGACGAAUAUAUGCCAAAGGAAAAGCAGACGUCGAAGAAUGCUACAAAGACGACUUCAGUCGAGAACGAACCAAAAAGCCUCAUUUUGAUUUGAAGUUUGGUGUGUGUGGUAUGAGAAGUUUAAGAUCGGUGGAUCCGCGUGGAAUGUACUAUGGUAUAACAAUCGUUGUUUCAUUUCAUCCGCUGUUUAUCACAAAAGUCGAUCAAGCAUUCCAUGUAAAGUGCUUCUUCGAAGAGGCCAGUCGAGGGCUGACGGCAGAAUUGGGUGUGAGUAUGAUUCCAACGACCGAAUUGGAAGCUCGUCAUGGAAUUCCUGGUUGCACUUACAGUAUCCAUAAGAGUUCUAUAGAGGACCUGGAUGAGGGCAAAGCAGCCGGUCCACCGAUUCAGUUCGCCCGUGUGGGUGACAGGGUUCUACAUCAAUGGCACUGCAACGAUAAAAUGUUCGGUAUACUAAUCAAUAAUUGUUAUGUCACUGACGGUUUUGGUAAGAAGGCUGACGUUAUCAAUGAGAAAGGUUGUCCGGUGGAUCCGAUCCUUAUCACCGGGAUACGAUAUUCUGCAGAUCUUCAACGUGCUUAUGCUGAAUCGUCGGUCUUCAAGUUCGCCGAUAAGCCGGGUGUAUGGUUCUUCUGCCAGAUCCAGAUGUGCAUGAAGAAAGCUGGAAUGUGUCAUGGAAUCUCGCCCCCUUCCUGUGCUACUACAGCUCCUCCAGUAGAAGGAGGUGAAGGGGAAGAAGAGAAAGUGCCUACCACGGAAGAAUAUCCGGAGUAUGGUGAAGAGACCACCGUAGGUCACAGACGACGGACAACCACGCCGCCUGAUUAUUUCGAAGGAGAGCCACGUAGAACCACACCUGAAUAUGAAUAUCCGGACGAGGCAAGGAAGCUGCACAGCCCAACCUUUCCUGGUCAGUAUGGCACAACUCCACCACUCGAUUACGAUCUGCAAACGGAAUCCGUUACGAUUUUCGGUCCUGCCUUCCCAUCGCCGGAAGAAAGCGAACGUCGUGGAGGAACUCGGGUGACUACGACGUCCGUAACGCAGUUGUUUGAAACAGAGGAAGAUCUUGGAACGACAACAAAGAAAACUACGAAAGCUGGAAAGUGUGGGUUUUACGCAAGCGCUUCUGAAUUCCCCGAUUAUAACGAUUACGAAGACGUCACCAUCCCGCCUAAUCUCACUGAUCUGUUGGCUAAUCUGCCGGACGAUCUCAGUCCAGAGACACUUCAAAAAAUGUUCCGGGAUUCCGUUGACGAUCGCAAAGCUCUGCUUGAAGGUUUCGAUUUACUAAAGAAUCAGCUGAAGAAACUUGGUCAUCGUCCGACACGAAUGAUGCGCGAGCUGCGAGCAGGUGAUCUUCGAUCUGGUGACAAAAUUGAUCAGAUACAGGUGGAUUGGUUGACAGGACGGCGACGAGAUGUGCCACCAUUAACUGACCAAGACCAGGCAGCCAGGAAUAGCGUUACGAGCGCCAAUGGAGACAAACCCAUGAUUGCUGGGCAGUUGUUGAUCUUUGAAUUAGAUGAGGAACCUCCAGAAAUGGAUGGAAGGGCAGGAUCACAGAAAGGAAAACGAAAAGAGACGAUUAAUUAUGCCAAGUAUUCGGAUCGAUUCGCAGCAUUCCGUUCACGACCACGGCAAAGCACUUGA